AUGCCAGUCUCAACACGCCAAUCCGUGCGUCCCAAGCCCACGAAAGACCUGCCUUCAUCCGACGUUGCGUCUCCGUCUCCAACUCCAUCGUCGCCUAUUUCGAGACUCUUAGAGAUGAACACCUACAAGCUCACCACUCCACUCCUUGUCUUCUUCGCGACCACCCACACAAUUGGCGGCCUCCUCCUCUCAAACGACUUUGGCGUGGAAGGCAACGCCCUUUUCUCCGCCAUGCAGACCGUGAGCUUCGACUUCAUGGGCAGCAGGAGGACCUUGCAUGAUUUCUACAUGGGGUUCGGCCUAGGCGUCACCGUGUUUUUGUUCAUGAGUGCGGCAUUGUCGUGGGCCUUGAGCGUCUACUCUAGUCGCGCUGCCGCCGGCACGAUGCUGCUUUCUUCCCCUCGGCGGGAGACGAAAGCAGAGGCGAGGAAGGUAGACGAUGUCCACGGCAAUAUGGCAAUCGGGAGUAAGAGCGACUUGAGUCUGGAGGAAUUAUUGAGCGCAUUGAAGUGGAUUCUGUUCCUCAGCAAUUUCGCAAACAUGCUACUUUGCUAUGUGUACUUUUUCAUUCCGCCCAUGGUGGUGAGCACCGUGAUCGCGGCGCUGUUAGGUUGGGAGUGCUUCAAGGACUGGGCAUCCUGA